AUGGAUCCAUAUGACCAUAAAUUUAUGUUAAGAGUCGUUGAUUCUGAUGAGACUGCUCUAAAUUUUGAAAUUACUCUUUCCGUAUUCGAUAAAAAUAUGGAAAGAUUGGAAUUUGGAACAACGCCAAUACAAAAUAAUGUCAGCAGGGAUUGCGAAUGUUGUCUCCUUAGAUGUUUUUUCGAUGACUUUUCAAGAUUGGACCCACCUACAAGAAAUGAUAUUGUUACUUUCAUUUGCAGUGUUGAAAAUCUUGAACCGUUAGACUUAACUUGUCCGUGCAUCAACCAAACAAUACUAAAACCAGCAGAUUCUAUCUAUCAGCUUUUCAUAGACGACGAGUCCUUGAGUGAUGUACGAUUGAUUGCGGGAGAAAAGAAAUAUAAUGCUCACAGGGUAAUUUUGGCGGCGAAUAGUCCUGUUUUUCAGAGGAUCUUUUCGCAUCAGAUGCAAGAGACUCUCAAGAAGGAGGUUCAGAUUAAGGAAAUCGAGCAAGACGUUUUGGAAGAGUUCCUGAAGUACAUUUAUGUCCGAAAAAUUGAUAAAUUAGAAGAACUAGCAGCUGAAUUGCUCAUCGCAGCAAAUAGGUACGAAAUGGAAGAGUUGAAAUCGAUUUGUGAACGCGAAUUGGUGAAAAAAUUGACCUUGGAAAAUGUAUUGACUUAUUUGAUGAUGGCUGAUUCUGACAAUGGGUUUAAUUUGAAAGAACAAUGCUUUUCCAUUACCAUUAAACAUUUUAAUGAAGUCGGCGAAUCGGGUGGUUUUAAAGAAUUAGGGAAAACAUAUGCUAAUGUUUUUCAGGAACUUUACCAGGAAAUGUCUUCGAAAUGUAACGUUACAAUGAAGUAA